AUGAGAGAAAGUGAAUUGGAGUCUUUAAUGGAUGACGUUUAUUCAUUUUGUGGAAAACAUGAAAUUUUGAUUCCCAAAAUGGAUGAUGACUAUCCAAGAUCGAAGUUUAUUGAUUUGCAACUUCAGGAGCUCAAUAAUCGUUUUGAUGUUGUGACUAGUGACUUACUCCUUGGUAUGGCUAGUUUGAAUCCCCGUGAUAGCAAGUUUCUCAACUUGAAGUGGAUUAAGGAUCUUGCUAUUGUGAUGGCAAAAACUAAAUUGGAUCAAACUUGGUCUCUUGUUUAUUUACUUGUGAAGCUGACAUUGAUUUUACAUGUUGCUACUGCAAGUGUGGAAAGAGCAUUUUCCAUAAUGAAGCUCAUAAAAAAUGAUCUGCGCAAUCGCAUUGGUAAAGAAUUUUUAAAUGGUUGGCUAGUUUGUAAGAUAGAGCAUAAAGUAUAUGCAACUAUAAGCAAUGAUGCUAUUAUGGAUCGUUUUCAAAGGAUGAAGCCUCGUCGAAUACAAUUGUAA